AUGCAUGUGAGUGAAGCAGUGAUUAAGAAUUUUGAACAGGCCAUCAAGAAUAAAAUACGUACAGAGUUGAAUGUAAGCUUGUCAAACGGCAUUAGUAAUCCAGUAUUGGGUAGUAUUUUUGAGGAGAUAGCUCACACGAUAUUGAAAAAUGGAGGAGAAUUCAAGAUUCGUACUUUAGAUGGUCCUAUAUCAUAUAUUAGUCAAUCGAUUAAUAGGCGAGAUAAGAUAUAUACAUUUUCUACAAUUGAAACGAUCACUGAUGGAAAUUAUUUUCGACCAGAUAACAAAAAUUUCCCAUCAAUUGAUUCUAUCAUUGCAUCCAACAAGCUCUUCCAGAUGACAACUGCUAUAAAUCAUCCUAUAAAAAUGAUUGGUUUGAAAAAAGUUUAUCCCAAAUUAGCAAAGACAGGCGACAUUGAUUUUUUCUUUGUUGUACCAGCGCAGCAAUAUGUUCUAGCAAUUGAUUUGAGCUCUAAACAAGAAAAUGUCGAAGAAGAUAAUAAAUUAGGUAAUGUCAGUGAUGGUGGUAGACAUUCUAUAUUAGGUGGACGUAAAAAGAAAAAGUAA